GAAUGAGCGUAAUGUCUAACACGAUCUGAUGUGUUCCCUUCUGCCUUUCUGAAGGCUCGUGAGCUCCCAUCCCUGUAAGCUGAGCAGCAGGAGCAUCACACAGUACUGUGAGGAUCUGCACUGCGCUCUGCUGGACGGCAGCUGAAUCGUUUAUCGGGCAGACAUGUUUUUCGAAAAGACGGGCGCGUUUUGAGCAUUACAGCCCACACUCAUGAGCACAGCGUAGUGUUUCACAUGAAAAGCCCACACGCUCGUUUGAUUGGUGCCUUCUGUUUUGUGGGGAUGGGCACCAUACUGCAGGGACGAAUGCCACAACAACGUCUGGAGAGGGUUUCCAUCAGGGAGAGGGACUGGAAGAAGACGGUGUCGUGGAGCAACAGCAGGCCUAAUGUGGCCAGCAAUAAAAUGGGUCGGCGGCAGUCACAAAAGAAGUCACCGCAGCCAGAGUGCACAAUGCCAAGUCAAGAGAACAAUAAUGAGAAGAGGCUGCAUCAAGGAAGGAAGCACAAGCCUAGCACUACCUCAGCCAAACGCAGCACUCCUGAACACAGUGCUGAGGGGGCCACAGAGUCAAUGUCCCACCCACUGUCCCAUGCACUGAGCAGGAUGGAGUUAAAGGUGCAGCUGGCUGCUCAUCACAGGGAACAAAAGAACACAGGUUUCAGAAGGAACAGACAUUCAUCAGCUUUUCCUUGCCACCACCUGACUGAUUCAAGUCCUGAUCUGCUGGACAGACUGUCACCAAACCCAGUGGUAGAGAAUGUGAGUGACCAUGGAGAAUGUGACAGUGACACUGACUUAUCUGUGUCAGAGAGACUCACUAUGUCGCCUUCUCGUCUGGCUCUACCACAGCUUGAGCUGAGGCCAGAGGUUAUCGAGGCUGAAGACUGUUCUUCAUGCAACCAGAAGCCCAGAGGAGGCCGCCACAGUGGCUUUGACCACCCAGAUUGUCUUCCUCCACCUUUUAACUCCUGGAGCCUCAGUCAGCUCGCUAUCUUUUACAACAUGGAGGGCCAUGGGACCACUCGACCCAGGCCUGUGGGGCCUUUGGAAAGGUACCUUGAAAGGCUGCUUCAGUUGGAGUGGCACCAGAUUCAGACCUCCCAGGAGGAGAACAGGAAGUCAGAUGUUGUAUCCAGCUGCCACAGGUCACCUGCUGAUGCCUCGUCACGCCUCAGCUCUCCCAAAUGCAUCCUCCAGUGUCAGCGUGCCUUUCCCCUCACCUUCUUCUCGUCUCUGGCCAGUCACUCUGCCCUGCUCUCCGGCUGUGCCUGCACCCUAUGCCGCAUCCACUACUCUACCAUUAGCCCAUUGGGCAGCCGCUCCACCCACUGCCACAAUCGUCAUUCCAGACAGAGUCCCACAUUGGAGUGCAAUGGGCCCACAUCGCUCCAAAGAAGGAGCCACAGUGAGAGCCGGGUGCACUCCUCAGACAGGAGCCACACAUCACAGACUCAGGGGUUCAGCAGCCCUGUCAGGACCAACACCCAUCUGAGGAGGAUGCAGGCCUUGGGAAACAUUCGCAACCCUGUUAAAGGUGCUAACACAAAGCCUAAAUCCACUGCCAGGGACUCGAGUGUUGGGGCUGGAAGGGAGAGUUUGGAAGCAUCGGGGGAUAUGUACAACUACAGGACAGGGGGUUGUAGGAUGAGGAGUGGCUCAGAGCAGAGAAGAGGUGGAUUAGAAAGACAUCAAGUUGGAUCACAGAAAAGACGGAGUGGCUCUGAAUGUAAAAGACGAGGAGCUGAGCGGAGGAGAACAGCGGAGCUCAAGGAAUGGGAAAUUAAACCAGAUGCUGUCACUGCAAUAAUGGACAAUUUACCUGGAACCAAAAAUUCUCCUACAAACAGUCGACAGGUUGAAUUAGUAACAUAACAGCAACUUGUGUACUGUGUGAUCUGUAUGACACAGAUACAGUUAUCAAAUAUUUUGAUAUUAUCAGUUUUCCUCAUUUGAAUAUUUUGACAGAAAGUGUAGUAAGAUUGUAUUUUUUCCACUACUAGAUGUUAUAUUUUGCCAUUUUCUUUCUUUCUCAGCUAAUUGUAGUUAUGUUUUUAUGUUCAAUUGAAUGCUUUAAUUGCACUAAGUUAAGUUAAUGUAACAGUGAAUGUUCAUAUACACUGUUAAUAACCCAGCAUGUGGGUAUUUAUAUGAAAGUUUAUAUGAAACACCACCAGUUUUAUUUAGUGGUUCUGUUUUGGUUUGUCAAAAACGUAACUUCAUUAUUAAAGUUAUUAAAAUGUGUGGAACAAUUAAUGUCUGUAACUCUUUAAAGUCAUUAGAAAAAGAUGUAGAAAUAAUGU